CAUCCUCCCUGCUUUCCGAGCUGCCGUCGCGGGAGUGUGCACUUGACGUGCCCGCGGUGCUGGGGCGCAGCGCGAGAUGGAGGCGGAGGGUGCCCAGCGUCCCCGGGAGCGGCGCGGCAAGGCCGCGGCUCAGAGGCCGGAGCAGAACCAUGUGCAGCCGCAGUCCGGCACCAACGGGCUUCCCAAGCAGUCCUACUGGCUGGACCUCUGGCUCUUCAUCCUCCUAGACCUGGUGCUGUUCUUCUUCGUAUACCUUUUGCCCUGAUUGGUUUGCUGAUAUCCCAGGAAGUUGACUUCUGGAGUGAAUUCUGAUGACAGCUACAAAUUUCUUGAAUAAAGAAGAUAUUCUGUGGCAGCAGAAUUUCCAACUUCUUCCUCACAUUUAACACAUUAACUUAUUGGAAAACGAUCUAUAAGUAGUGAUCAUACUUCCGGAUAACUUAGAACUAGGUCCAUUGGCUCAUCUAUAAAAACUUUGCAAACAUCUCAUGUCUUUAUAAAGACUGGAUAUAAAAGUAUUUGUGCUUAAAUGUUUAGUAAAUCAAGAAAUAUUUUAAAUUUUUUUAACAUUUCAAAGGUUGGUCAUUUUUGAUACAAAAUAUAUGGUAUAUAAUGAGGUGAGGUACUUAAACAUUCAAAAGAAACUUGGAAGAGAUUUUGAAAAUUUGUGUGAAAUAUUCUUAGAUUGCUGUCUUU